GCGGCCGUUCAGGCCCUCGAGCGCGUGCGCCACCGCGUCUGCAGCUCGCUAGCAGAGCUGCAGGAAGUGGCGAGCCAGCUGGCGCAGCUUGCGGCACAGGGCGGCCCAUUGCCCGCUCUCUUGGUGAUCGACAGCGUCGCUGCUGUGGCGCGCAACGAGCUAGGCCUGGAGGACAAGAAGGCCAUGAUGGUGAAGCGCCAGGCGGCUCUCAGCACUUUGGCGGGUCUUCUUAAGGUGCUGGUGUCUCCACCUUUGCGCCAGGGCCAUGCACAGUCGCUGAAUGUGGUGGUGACGAACCAAGUCAUGGGAGAUCCUUCCGCCGGAGGAAGUCGAGUCACUUUGGGCCACGUGUGGCAUCACUCCGUGAAUUGGCGCUUGGUGCUGAGCCACGUCCCUCCAGGUUCAGGCCCGCGAGCUGUAGGAUUCGAGCGCUACUUGCUC